AUGUCACCACAGUUUGUUUUUUCAACGCUCACAGCCCUAGUCGUCCUCUCAUGUCCACAAGCUUCCACAUCCAACCCCACCUUCCACCUAAAACACGACAAUUUCACUGAUCGACAAUCACUUCUCUCCUUCAAAUCCACCAUAUCCGGCGAUCCUAGAGGAUCGCUGUCCUCGUGGAACGACUCUCUUCAUUUCUGCCGAUGGCAAGGCAUCACUUGCGGUGGCUUCCGGCAUCCUCAAAGGGUCAUAUCCUUGAACUUGAGCUCCCUCGGUCUUGUUGGAGUUAUUUCGACGGCCAUAUCUAACCUCACAUUUCUCAGGGAGAUUGAUCUGUCGGACAAUCAAAUUAGUGGAUCCAUCCCACAAGAGAUUGGUCGCCUUUCCAGGUUGACAUAUCUUAACCUGAGUGUGAAUUCUCUCGGAGGAGGUAUUCCUGCUUCACUCUCUCACUGUUCAAAAUUAGAGAAACUGAGUUUGUCGCGUAACAAGGUCCAAGGUGAAAUUCCAGUCAGUCUCGGCAAUUGUUCUAGCCUACAGCUCCUAUAUUUAAGUAACAAUAGCCUCACAGGACGUAUACCUUCUUCAUUAACAAGCCUUUCCUCGCUUUCUUUCCUAUCUAUGUCUGGAAACAAAUUAUAUGGCAGCAUCCCACGUGCCAUUGGAAACCUUACUUCUCUAACUCAACUCUUCCUAUACAAUAACAGCCUUAGUGGCAGCAUCCCAUCUAGCAUAGCUAACCUCACCUCUCUAACUGUACUUUACUUGCACCAUAACGAACUCACUGGCAGCAUCCCAUCUAGCAUAGCUAACCUCACCUCUCUAACUGUACUUUACUUGUACAAUAACGAACUCACUGGCCGCAUCCCACCGAGCAUAGGGAACCUCAUUUCUCUUACUAGCCUUGCACUAGAUCAUAACCAGUUAUCAGGAAGCAUACCACAUUCAUUAGGCAGCCUUUCUGAACUAGAAGAGCUUGAUUUGUCGUUUAACAGCCUCUCUGGAGGCGUACCACCUUCAUUGUGGAAUCUCUCUUCUCUUUUGACUCUAGAUAUGUCAGCAAACUAUCACCUAUCUGGUUCACUUCCGCCAAACAUAGGCCAAGCUCUUCCUCGGCUUGAAUUUUUUUCCCUGGCCUUUAACCAAUUCCACGGACCUAUCCCAAUGUCAUUAUCCAAUGCAUCUCAUCUUGGAGAGAUUGAACUUGCUGGAAAUAGAUUUACUGGCAUAAUCCCUCCUAGCCUCGGACGUUUACGAGAGCUGCAAGACCUACGUAUUUAUGAUAACUACCUUGAAACAGUGGAACCUGAUGGAUGGAAUUUCGUAACCGCUUUGACCAAUUGUACCCAGUUGGAGCUGUUGGACAUAUCGUCAAAUAAUCUUAGUGGCAUGCUACCGAAUUCAAUCGCCAACCUUUCCACCAAUCUUAAGGCUCUUGCUAUGUAUAAUAACUACAUCUCUGGAAAAAUAUCUUCUGAUAUCGGAAACCUUGUAAACCUUACGGCACUUAAUAUGGGUGAAAACUCGCUUUAUGGCUCCAUUCCUUCAAGCAUCGGGAAGCUUCCGAACUUGCAUCUACUGGAAUUGGACAUUAACAAGCUAUCUGGAGAGAUACCAUCUACCAUCGGCAACCUUACUCAAUUGAAUGAACUUUAUCUAGAUUCCAAUGAACUGAGCGGGAAUAUACCAGCAAGUCUUGGAAAGUGCCAAAACCUAAUAUUGCUAAAUCUCAGAUAUAACAAACUUACGGGUAGUAUACCCAAAGAAGUUGUCUCCAUUUCUGGGCUCUCCAGAGGUUUAAGCUUGGCAUCCAAUUCACUGUCAGGGCCAAUACCAUCUGAAAUCGGGAGCUUAACAAACUUGAAUAUAUUAGAUUUUAGCAUGAACAAAUUGUCCGGUGAAAUCCCUAUCACUCUCAGUGAGUGUCAAGUGCUGCAGGAGCUUUAUCUUGGUGGAAAUCUCUUUCAAGGAAGUAUUCCUUCUUCUUUAGCCUCGUGA